AUGGAAGGAGACGAGAAGAGGUUGGGGGCUAAGAAGAGAUCGAAGUUGAUGAAGGUUAAUCACAAUUCAGAUGGUGAUGAUGAGCCGAUUGGGUCGCUGCUGAAGAAGAGGCAGCGGAACCCUAAGAAGGUUAAGCCGGGGUUGGAGGGCGAGAGGGGGAAGAAGGUGGAGGCUGGGGAGGAGGAUUUGGGGGGAUUGGAUGAUACCUUGGCGAGUUUCAGGAAGAAGCUCAAGGGUCCUAAGAAGGAUUCUGGGGCGAGGGGAAGGAGUUCUAGCUUGGAUGUUGUGCAGUCUUCGGAUCAGGAUGGGGGUUCGGAUGUAAAAUCAGUGUCGAGAAGUGCAGAGAAAGGUCUGGUUACGGGUGAUGAUAAUGGAUGUGAUGUGAUUAGGGAUGUAGAGGCGGAAAACAAGCUUAAAGGAAAGGGGAAAAGACCCAAGGUUUCAGGUCUGGUAUCUGGGGAGGGUUCUAAUAGCUCUUUAGAUCAUCAGUUGCAAGAUUCAUUAUCGGCAUUUUUUCCUAAGGCACAGUCUAGUGUUAAUAAGAUGUCUCAUCCCUCUUCGAGUCUUAGAGAGAAGAGUGGUUCUCAGGAUUUGGAGGAUGGACUGAGCCCUAGUUCAGAAGGUGUUGGAGGAAAUAGCAUGCCUGUGGCUGUGCAGGGACAUGGUUCUGUUUCAAAACUGACCCACGAAAAACCAAGAUUUGAUGAUAGUUUGCUGUCUGAUUCUGGUUUGGAUCCGUUCGGUUCAGUCAUUGAUCAGAAUAAGAUAGAGGAAAGAAACAGAGUUUCCCAAGAUUCUGACUGCAACAGACAGAAUCAAGAGAGGUCUCAAGGACUUUGUUCUAUUCCAGAUGAGAUGAUGAAACUUGAGGAUAGAAAGAAUGAACCCACUGUGGAUCCUUCUGGUUUAAAUGUUCAAGAGGAACCGUGUAGCUUGGAUAAAUCUAAUGUAUCAGAUAGCCAGCACUUGCAGAAAACUCAAACUGUUGAGAACAGAAUGAGGCACUGCUCUGUGACAAACUCAAGCACUCUAACAAGUUGGGAACUGAAAGGGGAAAUGCCUGGGGUUGGUAACAGCGACUCCAAAGGGGGCUUUGAUGAUGCUUUGUCCAUUCAGUCCACAGAUGUUCUAGCUAGGUGCACAUCAGGUGCAGACUGUGAAAUAUCUUCUUCAGCUGGAAAACAAAUUCUGAUGCCUCAUUACAAUGAUGAUUUGCUGAACAAAUCUAACUCUUCCCCGAAUGCACUCAAGAGAGAAGAAACUACUCGUGAUUGUGGAACUGCUUACACUGAGGGGCAUGAUCUUGAUUCCAGUCAUUUGCAAGAAGAGAAUGUGAUAAUAGCUGAUUGUCAGAUAUCCUCAAUCCAGUUCAUUCAUCAAGCAAAAGCCUUGCAAACUGCCUCCAUUCAGAAGGCGAGCUAUUGUGAAGACUUGUCUUCUGAUGAAGCAUCAAAAGAGAGGAUUAUUCCAAAACAUGAUUAUAUUACUGGCAAUGAAGAGGUUGAUGGUGCUUCUCCUCCUUUAUAUGCAAUGCUAGAUGUGAACGAGAGUUUCCCAGAAGACUCAGUAUCUCAACCUGAUAUUGAAAACAAAGACAGCAAGCUAUCAGCCAUCCUGCGCGCCCCACGGAAUAUUAGGAAACGCAGGCAUGGAGACAUGGCUUAUGAGGGGGAUGUUGAUUGGGAGAUCUCAACAAAUGAUCAAGGAUUGGAUAGUGACAAUUCAAUUAGAGCGAGAGUGAAACUUGAUUCCUCUUCAAGUAUUGGCACAGAAGCUGAAAGUGGUGGGGCUGCAGCAGUGUCUGCUGGUCUUAAAGCUCACGCAGUGGGUCCUGUUGAGAAGAUUAAAUUCAAGGAGAUCUUGAAGCGCAGAGGUGGCCUUCAGGAUUACUUGGAAUGCAGGAAUCAGAUCUUAGCUCUGUGGAGCAAAGAUGUUAGUCGAAUUUUGCCUCUCACUGACUGUGGGGUAACAGAGUCUGCUUGUGUGGAUGAACCGGGGCGUGCCUCCCUAAUCAGGGAUAUUUAUGCUUUUCUAGAUCUCAGUGGUUAUAUAAAUGUUGGUAUUGCUGCCGAGAAGGAUAAAGCAGAACCUGGUUCUAAGCAUGACUAUAAAAUUCUCAGAGAAAAACCUUUUGAGGAAAUUUCUGGGGUUUCAGUUGCUGACUCAGAGGAUGGAGUUUCCUUUAUCAUUGGCCAGGUUAAGAAUUCUGAUUACCUGGAAAACUGUAGUGCUGAUGUGAGGUUCCAAAGUCGAUUGGACAAUAUGGAUGUUUCGAGUAGUGAUCCAUCUGGUGAGACAUUGGAUGGUGGAGUUGUUCCUGUUGUAACUCCAGAGAUAAAGCAUGAAUCACAGAGUAUUCAGUCAACACCAUAUGAUCAUCUACCGAGUAAUAACACCCUGCAAUGUGGUCCAGAAGUCAGAAAGGAAAUCAUUGUCAUAGGUGCUGGUCCUGCUGGCUUAACUGCUGCACGGCACUUAAAGCGUCAGGGGUUUUCAGUAAAUGUACUUGAAGCUAGGAGUCGAAUAGGAGGUCGUGUUUUUACAGACCGGUCAUCUCUAUCAGUGGCGGUGGAUCUUGGUGCUAGCAUUAUUACUGGUGUUGAGGCUGAUUGGGCAACUGAAAGAAGACCCGAUCCCUCCUCAUUGGUUUGUGCUCAGUUGGGCCUCGAGUUGACUGUAUUAAACAGUGAUUGCCCUCUUUAUGAUAUUGAAACAGGUCAAAAAGUUCCUGCAGAGCUGGAUGAAGCAUUGGAAGCAGAGUUCAACAGCCUUCUUGAUGAUAUGGUAUUGCUUGUAGCACAGAAGGGAGAACGUGCAGCAAGAAUGUCUCUUGAGGAAGGUUUUGAAUAUGCCCUUAAGAGGCGUCGUAUGGCACAGUCAGGGAGUGCUAAAGAAAAAGAAUUGCAUGGUUCAAGGGAUGAUGGCAGAACAAAUAUUGAUGGUAGAGUUGCUGAUAAAAGUUGUUCUAAGCAAGAGCUAUUGAGUCCUCUUGAGAGGAGGGUUAUGGAUUGGCAUUUUGCUAAUUUGGAGUAUGGUUGUGCUGCUCCGCUUAAGGAGGUAUCUCUCCCCCAUUGGAACCAAGAUGAUGUUUAUGGUGGCUUUGGGGGAGCUCAUUGUAUGAUUAAAGGGGGUUACAGCACUGUUGUUGAGUCUCUUGGAGAAGGAUUGCGCAUUCACUUGGAUCAUGUAGUCACUGAUAUUUCAUAUGGCGCUGAGGAUGGUGAAUUGAAUAACAACCAGCGUAACAAAGUCAAAGUCUCCACAUCAAAUGGGAGUAUCUUUUGUGGAGAUGCAGUCUUGGUUACAGUGCCUCUUGGGUGCCUAAAAGCAGAAACCAUAAAGUUUUCUCCACCAUUGCCCCAGUGGAAACAUUCUUCUAUCACGCGGCUUGGAUUUGGCGUUCUUAAUAAAGUAGUUUUGGAAUUUCCAGAUGUCUUUUGGGAUGACUCUGUGGACUACUUUGGAGCAACUGCUGAAGAAACAGACCUGAGGGGUCAGUGCUUUAUGUUCUGGAAUAUCAAGAAAACUGUUGGGGCUCCUGUUCUUAUAGCUUUAGUGGUUGGUAAGGCAGCUAUAGAAGGCCAAAAUAUGAGUUCUUCUGAUCAUGUUAACCAUGCAUUGGUGGCUCUACGUAAAUUGUUUGGAGAGGCGUCAGUACCUGAUCCAGUUGCAUCAGUUGUGACAGAUUGGGGCAGGGAUCCUUUCAGCUACGGUGCGUACUCGUAUGUUGCUGUUGGAGCUUCCGGAAAAGACUAUGACAUACUAGGGAGACCUGUUAAUAACUGCCUAUUUUUCGCUGGUGAAGCUACCUGCAAGGAGCAUCCCGACACUGUUGGUGGUGCAAUGAUGAGUGGUCUUCGAGAGGCAGUACGUGUAAUUGACAUACUGACAACGGGUCAUGAUUACACAGCAGAAGCAGAAGCAAUGGAGUCCAUACAGAGUGAGUCUGCCUCUGAGAAGGAUGAAGUUCGGGACAUAACAAGGAGACUUGAUGCGGUUGAACUUUCCAGUGUCCUUUACAAGAACAGGGAAGCCCUACUUCAGGACUUGUUCUUUAAUGCAAAAACCACUAAAGGAAGGUUGCAUCUGGCCAAAGAGUUGUUGACUCUUCCUGCUGAAACGUUGAAGUCCUUUGCUGGCACCAAAGAGGGGCUAACCACGCUUAACUCAUGGAUACUGGAUUCAAUGGGGAAAGCGGGGACUCAACUCCUGCGGCAUUGUGUUCGUCUGCUUGUUCUUGUGUCAACAGACCUACUGGCGGUGCGCUUGUCUGGCAUUGGGAAAACCGUAAGAGAGAAAGUUUGUGUACACACUAGCCGUGAUAUACGUGCCAUAGCAAGUCAGCUAGUUAGCGUGUGGCUUGAAGUCUUCCGCAGAGAAAAAGCUUCUAAUGGAGGACUGAAAUUGUCAAGGCAAGCCAGUGGUGUUGAUUCAUUGAAGAGAAAGACAGUCAGAGACUCAUCUUCUGGAAAGCCACCACUACACUUGUAUCAUGGUGCUUUUGAGCACAAAGGAAGUUUACAGGAUUCUGCAUCCACCGGAAGCCAAUUGCCUUCGAAUUCAAAUGCGAAGAAAAUGAAUGGCAAAACCAUAAGACUUGAAACAGCAAAUUCUUCAAGAUUUGGAGGUUCAACAGGCAAACCACAUGAUGAUGAAUUCGCUAUGACUGAAGAAGAAAGAGCUGCUAUUGCUGCUGCUGAAGCAGCUCGCGCAGCAGCACUUGCAGCUGCAAAGGCAUAUGCAUCUUCAGAAGCCAAGAGCAGUUCAUUGCUUCAGCUUCCUAAGAUUCCGUCGUUUCAUAAAUUUGCUCGACGGGAGCAGUACGCUCAAAUGGAUGAGUAUGAUUUUAGGAGAAAGUGGUCUGGUGGUGUUCUGGGCAGAGAAGAUUGCAUAUCAGAAAUAGACUCAAGGAACUGCAAAGUAAGGAACUGGUCUGUUGAUUUCUCUGCUGCUUGUGUCAAUCUUGACAGUUCAAGAAGGUCUGUUGAUAACCUAUCAGAGCGGAGCCAUCCCAACGAAAUCACUAGUCAGUUGAAUUUCCGUGAGCACUCAGGAGAGAGUGCUGCCGUUGACAGUAGUAUCUAUACAAAAGCAUGGGUUGAUACAGCUGGUAGUGUUGGGGUAAAGGACUAUCAUGCCAUUGAGAUGUGGCAAUCUCAAGCAGCGGCGGCUGACCCUGAUUUCUACCAUCCUGAUCCGUAUGUAAAGGAUGAGGAAGAUUCAAAUACAACUUCUAAAGGACUAAGCUGGAAGCAUGACGGACUAGUAAAUGAGAGCUCUGUUUCGCAAGUUACUGUAAACAAGGGGUCGUCGAAAAAUCAUCGUCGAGGAGCAGACCAAAUUAAGCACGCAGUUGUUGAUUAUGUGGCUUCAUUGCUUAUGCCCCUCUAUAAAGCUAAAAAGAUUGAUAGAGAGGGAUACAAGUCAAUCAUGAAGAAAAGUGCUACCAAGGUUAUGGAGCAAGCCACUGAUUCAGAGAAAGCAAUGGCUGUGUCCGAGUUUCUUGAUUUCAAGCGCAGGAACAAGAUUCGUGCCUUUGUGGAUAAAUUGAUUGAGAAGCACAUGGCAGUGAAACCUGGUGUGAAAUCUUGAUACUGGGUCAUUGAUCUGUGUCUUCGAUGCACUACUGGACGGCACUGUGCAGAAGUUCGCAAUUUUGUUCGGGGAUGAAUUCACAGCUUUAGCUGGCAGUGUGGGGCUACAGAUAUAUCAUACCAGAUUCUUGGUUAAACUGCCAACAAGCUCUGUAUGACUGUGGAGGCUGUGGAACAAAGGGCAUGGUUUGCUGCCGUCGGUUGAUUCAUAUUUGGUGGGCAUCUUGAACUGCAAUUAGAACUGGUCGAGUAAGCGCCAGUAAUGAGCAUUUCCAGAUGCAAGCGGGAGUAAGCGCAAAACAAGUUGCUUUCUCAUUUCAAUAGGGUAUGGGGAUGAUAUGAAAUUGGCCCAGUCUCAUCCAUCAUGGAUGUACUGGUGAAAAUUUAAGACGUCAGACCCUAAUUUUUAUUCAGGGAUCCUCAGGGAGGAGAAACUAAUAAUCAUCGACUUUUUGAUGGUCUUCAAUGUGUACAGAUUAGGAUUGUGUUAGUGACUAGUAACAAGAAGAAUACAGAACAGUUUUCCAUGGCCAAAGUAAUAUGUGAUGUUUACUUUUUUAAUUUAACAUUGAUCACUAAUUUUACUUUUGUUCCCCGAAGUUAAAUUUCCAUCUCGCAUUAUUAGCAGCCUUGCAAGGGCUGCAGUUUCUGCUU